AAGAUAAAAUGUGGAACAGAAGUCGAUGGUUACUUUAAUAUAAAGCUGAAAUGAAAAGAAAGAUCCUACCCAUUAUUAGAGUUACCUUUACGCAAUAAGCAAUUGCAGCGGACGCUCGGCAGAUCUAGCGAUCAAAUCUUUGCAUCUACAAUUUUGCUGUCUUGAUGAUUUCUGCUUGAACACGAAGGAUAGAUUGAGGCAGGAAUUGAAUAUAAUUCGAUGGCUUCCCCUGCAAGCCAAGGGGGCGAUUUCGAUUAUUUGUUUAAACUGUUACUGAUUGGAGAUUCAGGAGUGGGCAAGAGCAGCCUUCUGUUGCGCUUCACUUCCGAUUCAUUCGAUGACUUGAGCCCCACAAUAGGUGUGGAUUUCAAGUUGAAGUUUAUGACAGUAGGAGGGAAAAGGAUUAAGUUAACAAUUUGGGAUACAGCUGGGCAAGAGAGGUUCAGAACAUUAACAAGUUCAUACUAUAGGGGAGCACAAGGGAUUAUUCUUGUUUAUGAUGUCACACGGCGACAAACAUUUACAAAUCUGUCAGACAUAUGGGCAAAGGAGGCGGAUCAGCAUUCAACAAAUCAAGACUGCAUCAAGAUGCUUGUUGGAAAUAAAGUUGACAGGGAAGAUGAGAGAGUUGUCAGCAAGAAAGAGGGGAUUGAUCUGGCAAGGCAACUUGGAGCCUUGUUCCUUGAAUGCAGUGCGAAGACACGCAUCAACGUAGAAAAUUGCUUUGAGGAACUUGUUUUGAAGAUUUUGGAUACACCGAGCCUGCUGCAAGAAUCUUCAGCGUCAUCAAAAAGAAACAUUUUUAAACAAGAGCAGGCGAAUGAUACAAAUGCUAGUAGUGGCUGCUGUUGAUUGUUAUAAGUUACCCUUAGGUCUUGAUUGAGCUAGUAUUGGAUUUGAGCAUUUCCUUAUUGCUUAACAUGUAUGAAUAUAUACUCAAAAGGUGAUUCUGAGAAUGUGUAAGAAUACAUAUUAUUUUAUCUAUCAGCAUAAAUAAUCGUGAAUAAAAUAUCAA